CCACGACGCCGCCUCGCCCCCACCUUCUACCCUCUUCUCUCUCUCGUUCUUGUCCGCCUGCCUGCUGCUCUUCUCCAUCGUCGCUGUUGCAACUGCGCCGGAGGUGGUCGCCGCGGCCGCCGCUGCCUCGUUGGGGGUUGCCACGCGCGGUCGUCAUCUUCGGUCAGCCGUAAAGGGAUCCGGAUAGCUGAUAAGCAAAGAUUACGGCUGCCGAAACCGCCGAAAGUAGGCACACAGCGCGACGGUCUCUGCUGUCCAAUUGAUUGCUUGGAAGCAGUGAAUCCCUAGCGUGUUCCUCCCGUUGAAUAAAGUCUCGCCCUCAAUUCCUUCCAAAGUUUGGAUCGAAGGUCGAGAUUUACCUUCGGAGGGAGAGAGAUGGAGAAGCAUAGUCAGAGGCCUGAACCAAAAAACCUCAACAGUGUAUGGCGAUUCUUGCGUAGGUGCCUUUUCUCGGUGCUCUCCUUUGGUCCAAUGCCCAAGCAUAUUGCAUUUAUCAUGGAUGGUAACCGUAGAUAUGCCAAGAAAAUGCAAAUCAAAGAAGGCUCCGGCCACAAUGUAGGCUUCACAUCCCUUGUUUCUAGUCUCCAAUACUGCUAUGAAAUGGGUGUCAAGUAUGUGACAGUGUAUGCUUUCAGUAUUGAUAACUUUAAGCGAAAACCAGAAGAGGUCGGAUCCCUUAUGCAUUUGAUGAAGGAAAAGAUUGAUCAACUUUUGGAGGAAGAGAGCAUUGUGCAUAAAUUUGGGUUGAAGCUCAACUUUUGGGGAAGCUUGGACCUCUUGCCUGAGCCAAUACGGUCUGCAGCUGAGAAGGCCAUGGUACACACUGCCAAUAACACUGGGCCCGUUCUUUCAAUUUGUGUGGCAUAUACUUCUACAAAUGAAAUUUUACGAGCCAUCAACAAAUCUUGUGCGCGAUUUGAAGACAAGACAGGAGAAGGCUCAGAUCCUGCUAAUUCUAUUCUUGUCACCGACUUAGAGGAGAACUUAGACAGUGCUAGCUGUUCGGAACCUGAUAUUGUAAUCAGAACGUCAGGGGAGACUCGGUUGAGUAAUUUCCUUCUCUGGCAGAGCACUUUUAGUCAUUUACAGUCCCCGAACCUUUUUUGGCCUGAAUUCUCUCUUAGACACCUAAUUUGGUCUAUUUUAGAGUACCAAAAGGUUUACCCUUACUUAGAAGCAAGGAGAAAACUGUGCCAGGAAAGUUAGAUAUUAUAUCCUGGAAAAUGUGGUGCAUAGGAUGAACAUCAACAUCAAUUGGGAGAGUUGGAGCUGAUCUACCCUUUCUAUAAAGGCUGGUUGCUUGCCCUGUACUCUGAUCUUUUUUUCAUCCUAAAGAAGUCCAAGAAAUACUUAAUUUUAUGGUCAAGCUGGAGCAGAAAGAAAGAAAAAAUCUAUAAGAUUUCCAGUGAAACAGCCUGUAGAGUUUUCUUCACUGAUGAAGUGGCAUCUUUUUUCCCUUUAGCAUCUCUUUGUAAACUAUUGUCCGAGUCGUUGGCUUCACCAGUCGUAUAUUCUUCUUUUAAUUGUUAGUGUUCGGUGAAAGAUUCCACAUUUUCUAUGCUACUUGUGAUGAUUUUAAAGAUAGAAAGGUUUUUGUUCA